UCACACAUUAUAACUCUCGCUUUCUCCUGGGCGGCCCUACCUCCCUCCCUCCGCUUGCGGUUGGCUCUCUCCGAUAGCUUCCCCCAUCCUCCAUCAGAUCGACCACCGCGGGCGCCCAUCUCAUUAUAUAUACCUCUGCUCCGCAACCGCCACUCUACUGCAUUAAAGCUAGCUAGCAACCAAUAAGCUACUACUCGCCAAGCUCUCUCUUCUACUUCCACUGCACCCUUUUCAGCUAGAUAGCUCAGCUGAUAUAUAUUCAGUUUGGCAGCAUGUCCAGCAGCCGGAGGUCACGCACAAGGCGUGCCGGGAGCUCUCUGUCGUCAUCGAGGUCGAUCUCGGAGGAGCAGAUCUCCGAGCUCCUGUCGAAGCUUCAGGCGCUGCUCCCGGAGUCUCAAACUCACAAUGGCGCACAUAGGGGCUCGGCGGCCCGGGUGUUGCAGGAUACGUGCAGCUACAUCAGGAGCCUGCACCAGGAGGUGGACAACCUCAGCGAGACGCUCGCCGAGCUGCUCUCCUCCGCCGACGUCACCAGCGACCAGGCCGCCGUCAUCAGGAGCCUUCUCAUGUGAUCUCUCUGCCAAAGCUUGGACGGUUUAUGCACGGCCGUUAGAACUCUCAGGCAUGCCUAGCUAGCUACCGUACGUUGCCCUGGCGCGCUGUCUAGCUACUAAUUAAGUUACUGCGUCGGAUGUAUAAGUAGUAGCCAGUGAGCUAUAUUUAUAUACUUAGCUAGCUGCUCUAAUAGCGCGUGCAAUUCUUGUACUACGUACUUUCUUGAGAGUGAGCAUUGUAACUCGACUUGUCGGUGAUCGAUCGGUUAAUUGGUAGUACGUUAAUCCAAGUUGGAUGUGAGAGGUUUUGCAAGUGUUUGGACACGCAUGAUCACAGGUUUCAAUUGUAGAAG